UUUACAAAUCAGGUUUCUGUCGUGUAUCAACCAAAUAAAUAAUUGUUAUCACGCAUGGAUUAAUUUGCGUUUUAAAGGGGCUUGGAAAGAUGUCUUAAAUAGAUGGCAUUAAUUAGAUUGUGAGUCAGUUUCUAUAUAGGACACCCCUGUCAUUAUUCGGUACUAUUCUCCUGGCACUUCCUUGUUCAAAAGUUUUAUUUAGAGGAAGGCUUGGGGAAAAGUUGGACACCGGUUUGGAUAUUUCGACGUUGUUGUUAUCAGAUAUUAAGGGUAUGGAUCGUAUGUAUCGUACAUUUUUGGCACAAGUAGCGUGAAGGUACUGCAGUUUUUCCCAUGGCUGUAAUUAUUAGAAGCUGGCUAACGUUGCACUGAACGGCUCCAUAAAGAGGAAGAUGUCCACGGCUAACGUUAGCGAAGACAUCCGAGUGAAGUUUCCUCUGCAUUCCGCAGUGUGGGAGAAUGAUUACAGGAAACUGGAAGAACAAAUAACGUUGCCACAGAAUGACAUCGAGGCUGUGGAUCCCAGAGGUCGGACACCUCUGCACCUGGCUGUGUCGCUCGGGCACCUGGAGUCAGUGAGAGUCCUUCUCAGACACGGGGCUGAAGUGACUAAAGAAAAUGCCAAGAAUUGGACAGUGCUGCAGGAGGCAGUCAGCACCGGAGAUCCAGAGAUGGUUCAGUUAGUGCUUCAACGCAGAGACUACCUCAAAGCCUCCACUGCUCUGGGAGGAGUGCCUGAGCUGCUGUCAAAGAUCCGAGAGUCUCCAGACUUCUAUAUGGAAAUGAAGUGGGAAUUCACCAGCUGGAUCCCUCUUCUGUCCCGGGUUUGUCCAAGUGAUGUUUGUCGCAUCUGGAAAAGUGGCGCCAGCCUGCGAGUGGAUGCCACUCUUCUAGGCUUUGAAAACAUGACCUGGAUCAGAGGGCGCAGAAGCUACAUCUUCAGAGGAGAUGAUUCAUGCGCAGAGUUGAUGGAGGUGAACCAUGACGAUGAAGUAGUGGACACUGAACGCUUCAACAUAUCCCAAGAAAUGGAGGAUGUCACACUAGAGUCAAUGCAGCCAGCUGAACAGGAAGUAGCCAAAAGGUUGACCACUCCUAUUGUCAACACCUACUUGGACACCAAGGAUAUCGCUUUCGAGAGAAGCAAGUCUGGGAUUUGGGGCUGGAGAAGUGACAAAACUGAAAUGGUCAACGGAUUUGAAGCAAAGGUUUUCAGUGUGAACAAUGUAAAUGUGGUAAUCAGGACAAGGACAGAGCAUCUUACAGACGAGGAGAAAGCCAGGAUAAAAAGUGAAAGGAACAUCUUGGAAUCUCUGCUGGGGACUGUGGAGCAGCACAUAAGUGCACAAGGGGACCUGACUCUUGAGUAUGCAACUGCCACCAAUCCUACUGCCAUCACUCCAGAGGAAUAUUUUGAUCCUGACUUUGACCUGGGCGACAGAGACAUCGGGCGGCCCAUUGAACUGAGCAUUCGAACGCAGAAGUUCAAAGGUACAUUGUGGAUGAGCGAGGAACAUCCUCUGUCCCUGGUGGAGCAGGUGACCCCCAUUAUUGACCUCAUGGCUCGGACCAGUUCCCAUUUUGCGCGCCUACGAGACUUUGUGACCCUGAACUUUCCUCCUGGAUUUCCUGUCAAAAUAGAGAUCCCCCUGUUCCAUGUGCUGAAUGCCAGGAUUACAUUUGGUAGCGUCAAUAAAUGCAGUACUGAAGAGGAGGCGAACACAACGCCAGCAGCCACACCAACAUCCUCAGGAGAAGAUGAAGAAGCUGCAGCACUGCCUCCGUUUCAAGUGUGUCCUUCAGUGUUUGAGGUGCCUGUCAGUUACCAUCGUCGAGGAGGCAGCCGACACACACCCAUGUCCAACAAUGAUGAGGAGAUUUUGCAGUACGCCAUCCAUCAGAGUCUCCUGGAGUCACGCAGAGGCCCUGGCCAGGAGGGGGUUUGGUAUGAUGCUGAUGGGGAGUUCACUGAUGUAAUGCCCAGGAGCCAGAGUGACAGGAGUAUCCCAGAGGGGGUGCUAGUGGAAUACGGAGACACCCCCAGUCUCGUCAGCUCUCUUUCUGCCUCUAGUCCCGACACAGACCUCCGCCUGGCCAUGGAGCUCUCUGCACAAGCUCAAGCGGAAGAGGAGAAGAUGAGGAAGCAGGAGGAAGAGGAGCUGGAGAGGAUAUUGCAGCUAUCGCUUACUGAGAAGUAAAAAGGAAUAAGAGGGAAUAAUAAUAACACAACUUUUCCAGAUUCAGAAGCAACCACCACACCUCAACUUUCCUUCCUAACCACUGUAGUCAUCUAUGCAACCGCAGAUUUCUUUCUGUAACAGAUCAUUCUUGCACAGGCAAUAUCAGACUCUCAGUAUCCAAUAUUUUCCAAAAGGUAUUUUUGGUAAGAGCAUACUCCUUUAUAUAUUUCUAUCUCAGCAUAGUGUGUCUCCAUCCUCAAGCUUAAUUCAUGGACUUUUUCAGAUCAUUUUCGGGUCGGUUCUUCCUUUUAUUUAUUUCUUUUUGUUUCCAAAUCAGAAUCACUGCAGCAGCCCACGUGUGUUGACCAUGUUGUUGUCUGGAGUGGGGUCAAAUCAGUGUAAUUAAGGUUCUAUGAACAGAAAUGUUGCUACUCGAGGUGAUUUCAUGUCGUGCUGACACUCAAAUGUGACACUUAAGGUCCAGAGCACUGUAGGUUUUUAUUAUUAUUGUUAUUAUUAUUGCCCCAGUCCCUAAUUUUUAGAAAGCUGAAAUGAAAGCAGCCCAGCACAAUAGAAAGCUACAAGUACUGUGGCCCUGAAGGACAGAUUUGAGUGUUUUCACUAUGAAGUCUUCUGACAGAGUCACUUUGUUGAGGACCGUGGGCUCACUGAAUAAUGAAAAUCUCAGGGUUCCAAUUUUACAGAUUUUCCCUUCGCUUUGGAAUUAGUUUGUUAACCAGUUGUAAAACUAUCGGAAAUUGUAGCCUGAUAAAUCUUUCUUUGGUGCGAAAUGGUAUCAUGCAUAUCACUCUAUGCCAUAUCGAUAUUAAUUGAGACAGUUGCGUUCCAUGAGUCAAAAGUUCAUAAGUAAAAGCUUUUCUCGUGCUUUGUGAACGUCGACUCUACAGAUGGGUAAACAAAAGCAAGUUGCUGUGAGAGAAACUUUAAAUCUGCUGCAUGGCAACAUAAUAUCUUAACUUUCCUGGCCGGAUUUUUUUUCCCUUCUUCGAUUUCAUUGAGGAAAGGAGAUUUUUGUAAACUGUUACUGAGAAACUUCAAGCAUUAUCAGCUCAGUUCAAAAACGCAAUAGCAGAGACCAGUCUGUCUGUGGAUUUACAGCCGUCAUGCAGUUAUGGAGCAGCCAUGCAAGCGGUGCUGCAGAGAUUAUUCAGAUUCCUGAAGGAAGUCUGUUCACCUUUUGUAGCCACGAACAACUCUAGACCUCUGAGCAGAAGAACAGACAGCACAGACCCAAUGAUCAAGCAUGCCCGCCAUAUGUAGGAUUAGUUUCUUCAGCAUGUGCCAAGCUCUGACAGCGCUUUGUCUGGGCAAGAGGUGGUGACAAAUUAAUGCAGUGCCACUCAGACUAAACUUUGGAGCAGAUUUUUAAACAUUUUCUAACUUUAAAACAAGAUAAAGAGGUUUCAGUUGUACUAGGGUGAUGCUGAGUUACAUGCAUUAACCACUAUAGUUGAUUUCACUGACAUCCAACCACUUAUGAAAGGUCUCUCUGUGUGGCAGCGUCUGACUUUUCAGACUUUCAUCUGAAAAACUACUAAUUAUAACGAUCAAGUUUCCAAUCUGACUGAACAGUCGACUUUAAAUAAAGGCUAGCUUUGGAUAAUUUAAUGCAGCUGUUUGUAAUGCACCGUUCCAGCUGCCAAGGUUUUUUUUUUUUUAAUAUGUUAAAAUUUUAAGAAAAUGUGUCCAUUUCAAAGCAUUGUUUCUUAAAUAAAAGCACUUUAUUUCCAUGAGGAUUAAACGUGA